AUGGGGCAGCGUCCUCAGUGCCCAGCCCCUGCCCCCAGCAUUGACUCUGCGACUCUCUCCCCAGUGGAUGUGACUCUGGAUCCAGACACGGCAAAUCCCUGGCUCAUCCUCUCUGAGGAUCAGAAACGUGAGAGACACGGAGACACACAACAGAAUCUGCCCAACAAUCCUGAGAGAUUUGAUACAUAUCCCAUUGUCCUGGGCGCUGAGAGGUUCGCGGGCAGGAGGCGUUACUGGGAGGUGGAGGUGAGAGACAAGACUGAGUGGGACCUGGGGGAUGGGAAAUACAAAGCCUUCACCUCCCCCCUGACCCCCGUCCCCGUGAGCGUCAGGCCCAGCCGGGUCGGGAUUUUCCUAGACUAUGAGGCGGGCGAGGUCUCAUUUUACAAUGUUACUGACAGGUCCCGUCUCUUCACUUUCACUGACACCUUCUCCAGGACUCUCCGCCCUUAUUUCUGUCCCUGGGUCAGUGCUGGGGGUACAAACGUGGCUCCCCUGAUAAUCUGCCCGAUCCCAGCUCAGGCCGGAGGGAAUCUCUGUCCCUGACAGUGACCCCGCGACACAGACUGUCCCUUCCCAGCGCUGCUGCUCUUCCCGCCCCCUGUGGUGGGGGCCAGUUACUGCAGCAACUGGACUUUUUGUGCUGACCGGACA